AUGGCUCCCCAAGGACACGAGCAACCCGACUUCGCAGUGGGUGACUAUGUCAAGUUCUUUGGCGCAGGCGCGCUCGCUGCCACAUCAACUCAUGCGGCCGCGACACCGAUUGACGUCAUCAAGACCCGAAUUCAGGUCGACGAUGCCAUGAAAGGGCUCAAUAUGAUCCGGGCAGCUCGCACAAUUGUUGCAAAGGAAGGUUCGUCGGCGCUAUUGACCGGGUUCGGUCCAACCGCCGUUGGUUACCUGAUCCAGGGCGGCGCCAAAUUUGCAGGAUACGAAUUCUUCAAGAAGCAGUACAUUGCGUUGGCAGGAGGGCCAGAGGAGGCCGUCGGCAACCGCAUGGGCAUAUACUUGGGCGCCAGUGCUACAGCCGAGUUUUUUGCAGAUAUCCUCCUCUGCCCCCUGGAGGCAACUCGAAUCCGACUAGUAUCGCAGCGAGGCUACGCGAGCGGGCUGGCGUCGGGAUUCAUGCGAAUGGCCAGAGAGGAAGGCUUCCGAGGAUUCUACUCGGGAUUCGUGCCUCUGCUGUUCAAGCAGGUGCCUUUCGCCGUCGGACAAUUCUCAGUCCACGAGGCCGUCAACGAGAUCAUCUUUCGGGCCAUGGGCCCAGAGCGAAAGGCGAAGCUCACCAGCCUGGAAUCAACGGGGGUGGAGCUGACGUCGGGUCUGGCUGCUGGUGCCGCUGCUGCCGUCUUCUCACACCCUGCAGACACGUUACUCUCGGCCAUCAACAAGGGAGCUGGGGACAAGAAUCACAGUGCCACAAGCAGGAUGUUUCAACUGGCAAGAGAAUUCGGGCCCAGGCGGCUGUUGUUGACGGGGUUAGGACCACGUUUGGUCAUGACCUGUGCACUGGUCUCGGGCCAAUUUGUCAUAUAUGCGCGAUGCAAGCAGCUGACCGGCGCACCACCGAGUAUCGAAAUUCACAAGGAGGAGGCUUUAUAG